AUGACGUCGGCAUCUCCUAGCAUGAACUUUGACUUUUCCAGAAGUGACCAGUCCAUGUUAACAUGGGCUAUCAAUAUUGUUCUUGCGGCACCCGACAUUCCUUCCGAAAGUUGCAUCGCUAUCAAAUCCAAACUCAGUUCAAUCUCUGAUGCACAUCGUACCGCAGCGGAUGUGAAGACAAUUCAGAAUAUAGCUUUGAACACUGUCAGGCAGACCGGUGCAUGGCAACUCUGGAACAGGAUCAGGAAGCCCUUAUCAUCUUGGGAGCAUGCGUACAAGAAUACCCAGAGGAACUGUUCAAAGCAGCAUCUCUCUAGACCUGCAAGGGAGGCUGUUCAACAUGCCAACACCUCGUUCGAUAUCGCCAUGUUGCCAUCAGAGCAGCUUGAUUUUCUCUUCUUGCUCGCCUACGCCGAGAUAGGCCCUUGCAGUUUUGAAAAUUUCAUGGCUUUAUACAAGAAAUGUUCUCGGCAUUCCAAUACUGGAGCCGAGGUAAGGAAUCAAGUCGAAAAAUACUUAGCUAAGGAUAAAGUUCUCCAGCGUCUUCAGCGAAGCCCAGACCAUACUGGAAAGAAGCGGGAAGCGGAAGAAAUGUAUACUGUGAUCGAAAAAGAAGAGAAUGAAAAGUAUCGUAAGUGCUGUAGUUUCCAUGCAAUGUACAAGAAUAAAACUUACAAUACUUAG